AUGAGUUUUUCAGGUGAGUUCUUACUGCUCUCCCUUUUCAUGUGCACUGUACAACAUGCACAAUGCCCCCUCCAGAACUGGAAAUUAUUUAGUAUUCUUUUCCCGCUUUGCAAUAUUGUCCAUUUCUACAGACUCCUCAUGUUAGAGUUGCAGAAGGGUGGUAUCACCCUGGCCACUUGCUGUUUGCUUACGACCAGACUGCCCUGGAGGAUAGGAGGUACUAUACUAGAGGACUUCAGCUAGACGGACAUCUCUGAUGUGGAAACUGCAGCAGGUACAACACCUAAUCAAAUCACUACCAACCUUGUUUGUUUUAGUGUACUAUUCAAUCCCUGGACGUAUUCUGUGAUUGUUUUUAUAGAUCAAGAAUUGCCCCAGCGUCCAGAGAUUGACUCCAAUCCUGUAGAUUUCAUGUGGUGGCAUUCCAGGGAUCCACAGUGCUCAGAUCAAAGACAUACUCUCCAUCUACACCAUGGUUGUAAGGCACUACAUGUCACA